AUGGAUGUGAGGGGCUGCAGGGCCGGGACAGAGGUUGACGAGAAGCAGCGAAGGAGGGCACGGCAAGACAGCGGGGCAUUGUGCUCGUACACCAGGCACUGGGAGACACACUCAAACACAUUCACUCAUUCACACACUGACGCUGCCGUGCACACAAGCGCAUGCUUCUGCCCACUGCCACACAGACUUGCGCUGGCAUCUUGGAGGGCAGCCCCAUCUCCAGUGCAGUCCUGGGUGUCGAAGCUGCUCGACCCUCUCUCAGCUUCAGAUCAACUGACCUCUGAGAUAGAUCCUCCUCUACUGUGGACUGCAGUGAUUCUCAGGGCCAUCAUUCACAAAAACUGGGCAUCCCAGCUGAUCUACACAAGCAGAGGAGAAGUGGCACCAACCUGUGGACCAGAAGGAGCAGUGAGAGGUAAAUAUCCAACAUCAGGAAUUUCUCUGCAACAGUAAAAUAUUUCUAAAAUAUCAAAAGGAUACGAUUACCAAUAUAUUUUGAAGACGUUUGAUCAGCUUGAUGAAGAAUAAGAACAGCUAGUGUGUUAUAUUUAGUGAACUCUAACAACUAAAUACCACUUCUCUAGACCUUAAGCUGCUAAUAUUGUUCGUAAUUGCUCUCAUACUACCACAAUAUUUGCAAUAAUGCCCUUCAGUGUGGGCAGAAUAAUUAGUUGCAUUUGAGUAGAAUUAUAAUUCUUGCUCUUAUGCAUAAAAAUCCCACAUGUAUGAUAAUCCAUUUAUGUCUGGUCUGUGAUCAACGCCCUUGUUUGGACAUUUAUCUGUAUAUCUAAAAGGGGAUUAAAGGUACUGCAUCCAUCUCUGCUCUGAAACCCUUAGAUUGAUGGUUCAGGUGGGAGUUUGAUACACAAAAUCGAUAAAUGCGGAUUCUUAGAGCUGGGACAAUUAGAUGACAUAUAGGUCCUCCUGGCCCACACUACAAGUCUUCAUGAAAGAUGCUUGUGUUCACAGUCCCCUCAUGUUUUUCUGAGAUAAUCCACUCACCCAGCAAGGCGUAGCAAGACACCCACAGCUGUGUCAAAGACGGCUAUUCUCUCUGGUUCUGACUGGAAUCCACUAAACAUGGGCCUCCGAGCGUGUUUGAAAAUAAUUAUGAUAAGGACAAGCUUCAGUGGUCGUUCAUACUUAUUAAUGUAGAGCUUCUUUCUGUGAGUGGUAGGGAGUUAUAAAUGUUUGUAUCAGUAAAUUUCACUGUACAGAAUGUGUGUAUUAUGACUAAGAAAAUAAUAUAUUUUUUCUAUUGUCAUCUCUGUGUUUAAGGGUACCUGUUCUGGUCAAACCAAGCUGAGCUCAACACCCGCCAAAAGACUGACGAUCCCGCAGUGGAGCACUUUUCUUCCAACUCAAUAGACUGUCACAUUUCUUUGUGGGACAAGAAGUUGGCUUACUUCAACAAACAAAGACUGAAAUAA